AAUAAUAAUUGUUCCAAGACUUUUAGCCGAUUAAGUCAGAAAACUACAUAUGAGCAAAAAAUGUAAAGCUAGGAAAAUAUGGAGAUAAUUCAAUGGAAAUUAUUUUUAUUUUUUGGUAGCUUUUUGAUUAUGUAUUUGAUUAUUAUACGAGAUUUGUCGUUUAAAAAUAGUUACAAAACACCAAGUUAUUACCGUUUCUUUAACCGUGGUUUUAAUACUUCAUUCAACACAUAUGAAAACAUUGAUAAAUCAGGUUCACCAAUUCAAAGCCAAAGUUAUCUUAUAUUGACAUAUACAACUUUUUUUGGCGAUCCGUUUCCUAUACAACCUUCAUCUGAAUGCGGUUUCAACACUUCUAACUUCCAAAUAACAAAUAAUAAGGAACAAAUUAACAGUAGUAAUGUUGUGAUGUUUCACUCGCGCAAUAUGCCAUCCAUACAAGAGUUAGAACGCAUUAAUAAUUUGAGACGAAAAGACCAACUAUGGAUUUAUUUUACAAUGGAGUCUAUAUACAAUAAUCCAGGUGUUGAUAAUAUUGACAAGUACUUUAAUGCUUCCGCAACAUAUGGAGUCGAUACCGAUAUACCGUUCCCUUACAGAUAUCAUAAAAAACGCUUAGAAGUUGAUGAAAGCUAUAACAAAGAUCGUUUUUUAAACAAAACAAGAAUGGUUGCUUGGACUGUGAGUAAUUGUAACGGUGAUGCUAGAAACAAACUUGCAUUGAAGUUGAUAUCGUAUGGUGUCGAUAUUGAGGUUUCAGGAGGGUGCGCGGGAAGAUUUCCAAAGCGUUUUUCAUCAAAAUGUCGAGGAAGACCUUGUUAUGAGGACCUACGCGAUUUUAAGUUUUAUUUUUCUGCAGAGAAUUCAUUAUGCGAUGGUUAUAUCACAGAAAAGUACUGGAGUUCUGGAAUUGAUUUUGACGUAAUACCUAUAGUUCUAGGAGGGUCCAACUAUUCUGAUCCAAGAUUAGCAAUUCCAGGUUCUUAUAUUGACGCUAUGAGUUUUGAUUCUCCUAAAACCUUAGCUGAUUAUAUUUUAGACGUUAGUUCAAAUUCUACAAAAUACAACUCUUUCUUUGAGUGGAAAAAACAUUGGCAGUUAGAUAGCUCUAGUUUUUUUUGCAUGCUUUGUGAUAAAUUAAGAAAUGGUAUUAGUUUUCGAACAAAUCCUUUAUUAAAGACAAUGAAUAGAGAAAAAUGCACUCGACCACAAGAAAAGUUUAACAUUUGGAUCAAUCGAAACUAAAAAAAAAAAAUUAAUUAAGAUUAAACAAAAUACAUGAGUAAAUCUUGAUCUUCCCAGUGGGCACUCGUUGUCCGGAGUACAUCCGCUGGACGUCCCAUAGACGUCUAGCGGAUGUACACCGGACGACGGAGAUGUUGCAAUAUUUUUAAACAUGGGAUGUUACUGUAAGCUAUUAAAAAGUUUCAAUUAAGACUA